GUCUGUGGAGAUAUCCCUACCUUUGGUCAGUGACCCACCCGUCGCUCUGCCAUUACACUCCCUUCUCCCUCCCCUUCCUUGCAUCUUUGCCUUUUCCUGUCCAACAUCGACGAAUUAUCACGAUAUCGACCGCUUGUUUGGAUGACUUAACGACGACGGGACUCGAGGCCACUACUCCGGCUCAUCGCCAUUGCCAGCCUCAGUUCACGAUAGAACCAAUGUCGCCCUUCGUGAUGGAUGGCUCAGUAUGGCUGGCGCUGCGGGAGGUGGCGACGGGCCCCUCGCAGAAUGGGACGAACCCCUUCUUCAAGGCCGCGACCAACUCGACCACCCAGCAGAUGAUUAUCAACCAGUUCAGGUUCGCGGCGGCCAAGUCAGUCAGGACAUCGACGAUAAUAUUAGCCACCUUUAACGCGAUUGCGGCCUUUGCGACGGCGAUGGGGAUCCUAUACGAUAAUUACAGUAGGACGAGGAGGAAUAACCGAGAUUUCACGUUCAGUCGUUCUGGAUUCUCGUUCGUCCGAUCUGGCGAGGUCUACCCUCUCGUCCUAUCUUUCGGAAUCGUUGUUCAGAGUACCGUUUUCGCAGGAGCACAGGCGACCGGCAUGGACACGUUCUUCAUCACGGGGUGCACCUUACUAUCCCAGAUUAUGUUACCCGCCGUAUUUCUAGUACCUUACAUACAACUUGUCUUCGGCGUCGAGGUCGCAAUGCGGGCACUACGACAAAAGCCGUUCCCUCCUAGGAGCAAAUGGACCGUCACUAUAUGCGUGACAACCGUCGGUCUGCUCGUUCUAACAAACUUCCUGGUCGCCGAUUUUAUCAGGGCCAAGGACUUCUGCUUCGCUUCCCUGUUCUUCUUGAUAGCCACAUAUGGGACCGGCUGUUUUGGUGUCCUCACCGCCAUCACUGCCAUACUCUUGGUUUGCGGGAUCACCAUCUUUUUAAAGUUGCACAGGAGCACCAAGAUUGAAGUGACCGAGAGGGUUACCAGUUCGAGAAUGGUGUAUUACCUGGCUCUCGCCACCAUCUCCAACACUUUCAUGCUUCCCUUUUUCUACUGUCUGGCCUUCCCUGACAAUUCAGGCUCGGACGGAGGCCAAACAAUCACAUUGGCCAUGGUCGCCUCGGUGGUGGCAAACGUGUCAGGCGUCAUGACUGGCGGCCUAUACUUGUUCUUGAAGUCGGAUACCCUAUCAACAAUCGGACCCAGGGACAAGGUCGGCGAGUACGAGAGACAGAGACUGAAGCAUACCAUCCGUCGCUAUGGGUCCAGAAACAGUGACCGUGACGGGGACGAGGAGGACCACGUCAUCGGCCGGGCAUCGGGACCUGGAAGUUUGCGUCGCAUGGACAGCGAGAUGAGCUUGAUUAGCAACGAGAAGGACCAGGAAGCCGGUACAGCGCCCCGGACCAGCCGUACAUCGUCCAUUACACUUGUCAGCCAACGCCUAAACCCACUGAGGUCGAACGGCCUCAACCCAUUGAGAUCGAAUGCCAUCUACCCUCCUGUCAGCAUUCCUCAGCCCGCCCAGAUGUCGUCAGCCUCGAUCGGCCACAUGCGGAAGCGGUCAUACAACAUCUUCCCUAGCGUCACCAGCUCAAAGUCGCCAGUCACGCUCUUGCCGGCCACCACCUACGCACCACAUUCGAAUGCCCGGGCGAAGGAUGCUGAAUCGGCGGCCGAUGCUCUUAAACCCCCUCCAUCAAUCCGCAACCUCGCUGGCCGGCACAGGCGGGAUUCGUCCAUGGUCUCAUCCGCAACAGUGCAGAUCGGUCUGAGGCUGUCGUCAGUGGAUGACAUGCUUCCGUUGAGCAACCGUGCGACUGCUGUCGACACGGAGGUGAUCACCCUAGACUGCCCCGAAGGGUUGCCGAAGCCUGCUGCUGCUAGGCGACCAAGCCCGCUGAGCACAACACGGCAGGUCGAUAUGGAGGCCGACACCAUCCCCGAUGCCAGUCCCAGGAGGGACCCUGUCAAGGAUGCGAGGAUGAAGACAUUACCUCCUGUACCCUACCGCGGCACGGCACCCGUUCAGGUGGAAGCCGAGGAAGAAGAAGAAGAAGGAGAAGAAGUGGUGCUUAGUCCGACCGUCUACAGCGCUGAGGCUAGAAUUAUCAGUCCUCGGGGAGCGGACAGAGCGAUGCCCACAUCAAGGUUCAAUAACGGGCGCCCCAGCAGCCCGGCCACCUCACCUCCUCCUCGCAAGGGAUCUGGCGACGGUUCUGGCCUGCCAGCCAAUACGAAGGCUGAGUGGAUCUGAUCUGGUCUCAAUGGCUCAUCUUCAGACUUGCAUGUUGCGUGUCCUCCUUGAAAGAAAGCAUUUGCUGGUGUUUGCACGUGGGAAUAAUAGACGACGGCGCGGCUCAGACCCCGUUGGCUGACAGCUGUACCAAAAGA